AUGAUUAUGAAUACAGAGAACGAAACCACUCUAGAAGAGGCCCCAUCUAAGUUACCGCACAUCCCAACUACUCAAUUCCUUUUAGAGCAAAUUAAUUUUCCUCAAUUAGUAAUUCUUUUCUCAUGCUUAUUAUAUUUCAUAAUCUUUCGUUCUGCAAAUACAGUUGAAUAUCGAAAAUUCCAUCGUUGCUCACCUGAUUUAAAUUAUUCAUUUCUUCAUCUCGACAUCCAAAUUGACAAGUUCACUAAACUACAUCGCAAACUUAUUGUAUGGAUAGCAGGUGAGCUUUCUGCAAAGUAUGCUUUAGUAGAAAAAGUUCCAAUUCGUUAUUCUUACUCAACUACAUUUUUCAACAAUAAAACAUCUAUCAGCUCAUAUAAUGCACCUAUGAAGCAAGAUUACUUCAACUUUAGCUCCAAUAUAUUAUCGAAAAAUCUGUAUUUGUCUGAUAUAAUUCUGAAUUCUUCAUUUACAGCAAUAAAUCUCCAUUUAAUACUCAAAUUUAAUUUCAGAAGCUUCAAUGGUGUCCAUCUCUUCUAUGCAUUUGAUACAGAUCCAUCACCUCGCGUAACAACAUUUUUACAAGUUUCAAUUUCGAUUUUAACAGCUGCACUUACACUUAAUUUCAUAAUUAGAUCCAUCCCAUCAACAGAUUUAUUCACAAAAAUUACUCUUCCAAUUCUUGGCUUCAUAUCUACGCUGGCUUUCAUUCCUUAUUCAUUAUUCUUGAACGAAAAGUAUAGCACAUACAUACCAUUUAUUGCUACAUCAAUAAUGGUCUCUUUAUUACGCUAUUUCAUUGCAUCCGAAAUUCAACUCGAAGAUCAAAAGCCAGAUUCAAAUAACACAGUCCAAAAUGUACUGUUAAUAGUGUUAUUCGCCAUUUAUUCUAUAAUUGAAAUCAUUUUCGGUUUUAAUAAUUUUGAUAAUGAAUUUUUAUGCAAUACUAUAUUAGUUGCUGUCAGUUACGCUUAUGCAGCAAUUUCUAUUGCUAUUUCUUUACUCGCAUUCAGCAGAGUCAAGAGACCUUAUCCAAAACGGCUAAUUUACAGUUUAAUCUUCGAGUUUCUUGCGAAUUUCCUUUCAUUCAGCGAUCAGGACUACAGAGGUGUUUCUCGUGCUAUCAGAUUCCCUAUUUCCAGAACAUUAUCUUAUGGAGCAGCGAAUAUCUUCAUUGUUUGCUAUAUUCUCAUCUUUUUCCAGACAAACUCACACACAGGAUACUCAAUGAUCUCAUCAGAAUCAGAUGGUUCCGCUCCAAAAAUCGAUGCUUUUCCAUCUCUUGAAACAUCUGAAGAUAUCGUCCAAAUUCAGACCGAGAAUUGA